UGCCCUGUUUUCAGUGUCAGGAAGAGGAAAGUGGGACUGGUACUGAGCGCAUCAGUGGGACACACAUCUCCAUUACCUGCCCUCCAGAGAAAACCCUGAGCACAGUCCCUGACAGAAUACUGGACAUGGAGGCGAGUGCUGUGUCUGUGACGGAGACAUCGGAGAUGACCCCUGGUGAGCCCCUGGCCGGCAAACUGACCAGUCAGCAGCUAGCUGCUGUUGAGGAUGAAGAAGUCCUGAAUAAUAUGUUGGAUAAGGCUGUGGAUUUUGAUGAAAGGCGAAUGAUCCGCGCUGCGUUGAGGGACCUCCUCAAGAAGAAGAGAGAGAAGCGAGAGAAAGAGCGGGGGUCAAGGCAGGAUGACCUGAGACAGCAGGCUUUGAAAAAUGCAGGCACAGGACAGAUGGGAAUGAACAGAGGAGGGCAGACCAGCAGCCAACAGAAGUCCCACUCUCCCAACCAAUUCUCUGCAUCAACCACCAGCUCUUUGACUAAGAAUACUGGCAGCAGGGCCAAACCAGCAAUGGCACCAGCCCAUCACUGUGCCUCUGUCGUCACAUCACCCAACAUGAAAAAUGUCAAGCAGAUGUUACUGGACUGGUGCAGAGCCAAAACGGAGCCAUAUGAGGGAGUAAAUAUUCAGAACUUCUCCUCCAGUUGGAGCGAUGGCAUAGCGUUCUGCGCCCUGGUGCACAGGUUCUUCCCAGACGCGUUUGAAUACUCUAUUCUCAACCCCAACGCACGCAAGGAGAACUUUGAGCUGGCCUUCAGCACUGCUGAGAGGCUAGCGGAUUGCCCCCCUCUGCUGGACACUGAAGACUUACUGAGGAUGCAUGAGCCUGACUGGAAGUGUGUGUACACGUACAUUCAGGAGUUCUACCGAUGCCUGGUGCAAAAAGGCCUUGUUAAAACUAAAAAGAAACUCUAGAAGGAAAGAGGUUUCACAAAACAUACUAAACACGCGUGGUGGACACCUGCCAUAGGGAGAUUUGCUGUUUGCUGUGGCGGGUUGUGAGCACAUGGGAUUUAAAUGACCUGUGAGUCUCUUAAUGUUGUGUGUGCUUACGCUUAUCUGUGUAUGUUUUGAGAGGACAGCUGGCACAGAAGUACAUUCCACUGAGAUUACACAUCUGCAUUAAUCUCAAUCGGGGCCAUUGAAAAUCUCCAAAUUGCUUUUGAUGGCGUUGUGCCCUGAUUACAAUUAAUUUUUGUAAGUAGGCUACGUCUGGGUUAAAAAUAUACAAGGUUAAAUGUAAAACAAUGUUGUGAUUUAAAAUGUGAACAUGUGUUUUGUUGUGAUCACAUUUUAGAGUGGGCCUUGUCUACAUUUCUAUUACGGGUUACCCAUACCAUUUUUGUCCAGAAAGAGGAUAGUUGCCAAAUCCCUCCCGUAUUUGGUCACUGUCAUAAUAUUGCAAAUAUCCUUGAACUCUGUUGUAUCAAAUUUCACUACUGGCAUCUUUGGAUAAUAAAAGCUGUGGUGGUAAAACUG